UUCGAAUUUUGAUGGUGAAUUCUUUUCGGACAGAAGUUUCAGUCUUUCGUGAUCGUCCGGUCGGUGAGGUUGUGUGGCAACCAUUCGGCACCAAGUUGUAUUCGUCCGCGCUCGAACCUUUCCCAAAACGCGACGCGGCGCAUCGGGAAAAGAGAGAAAGAAACACCAUCGCAACCAAAAAUACACAAGAGUUGAAGACAUUUUUUGGGGCAUUCCUCGAUUGCAUUAUAUUUUUUGUUGAUGGGAAGCGAUUCGCAGUGGAGAAAAGAUUUACAGUUUUGACACUAGCGCAUCUUGGCUUCAGCGGCCGUCAGAUUUAGAAGGUGCCUGAACACUUUGUAGGCAAAAUUGCUAAGUGAACGCGAUAUUACGCGAUAGAGAUGCGAGUAAAAAUAAUCACGAAAAGUCGGGUUUUACAGUGAAAGAGUGUUGCGGAUUGUGUGUUCAUGACGUUUAUGACGCUUUUUUUGUUCCUUGAUAAGGCAGAAAGUCUGUGAAUGGUAGGCCCAAAAUGGUUAACGUGCGUGAAUGGAGAUAAGAGUCCAUUCCAGUGAAAGAAGCUGAAGGAAUUUUAUCGCAGUCAACGCGUUUGGAACAGUGGCAGUGGGGGUCGUUUCGGAUGAUAAAUAAUUUCAAGCAAUCCAAUUGGUAAUUGAGGUUUCCUCCCGGGGCUUCAUCAAUUAUCGUAAAUUGUACUCUUUUUCGGUUCAAGUGUGUCAGUCUGGAUUGAAUGGAUUCAAUGUUGAUUAAGUGAGCAGUUUGUGGAAUAUUGUUUCGGUGAUUGAGCAUUCCAGGAGCAUUGUCAAAGACGCACAGAACAGUAGGCCAGGAAGUGAAUACGCGGGAGGUCAGUGUAGGCGACAAAAUCAAGUUGACAGUGGCCAACUGAGACGCAUUGACAAAAAACGAAGUACGAAGUUGUAAAUGAAUGUUGGUGCGAGCGGUAAUAGUUUAGCUCUCCCUCGACGAUAGUUGCACAACGUGAGCUGGAUUGGAUUCUCGCUCGCACAAGGCGAUAGCGAUAGGCUGCGAAAGCGAUUUUCGAGUGUAAACAACCGACUCUUGAGUUGUGUCCAUGCUCGGACGAAGCACGUAGUCUCCCACACAUAAAGCGCAGAAAGUCUCACUGCGAGAGUCCAGCCACUGUUUCCCAUGUUGACGGAGCAGGCCUUGAGAUAUACAUCAGCAGGUUCCUCCACAGUGUUCGGCGGCGGCUGUAAAAAGUGACGUUUUCGGAAUUGUUUUCCAUGCAUGUACCGAUCCACAUAUAACUCGUGUAGCAUUUGCGGAGGUGAGGAAAAGUUUUGUUUACCAAUCUUUUGGAAAGUGCAAUUUUCCGCAAUCUUAAUUAACGAGAGCAACAGCAGAAGCGGAAUUUUGAUGCAGCGACUAGCGGAAGGAAGGCGAAGCAACGAGUGAUUGUCUGGUGAAUGACGACGACGAUUUUUAUUUUCGAGUGGUCUUUCUGUAUUUACUGAUAGAGAUAGUGUGUAGUGCAUAGUGGUUGAGGGAAGAAAACGCAGACAUCCGGAGAUUUUGGCAGGCGAUUGUUUCACUUCGGUACGUUUGGAAGCUUCAAUCCUGGAUGGAUACUUGAAAUCAUGUAAAUGGAUCUGACUUCUAACUCGUUCGAGAACGUAAAAGAUUCUUCAGCGAUCUUCACCAACAACUGCCAGCCUGCAACUGCAACCUAGACUGACGACGGGUGUGUUAUCAACAUCUUCAUCAACAUCAUAAUCAUCAUCAUCGACUGCAGUAACAGCAGUAGCAGUGAAGAGUUGCACCAGGGAUGACAUCGCCUCAUUGCCAUUGGGUGAUUGCCUAGGACGGAAACGGAACGGAACGGAUUAGAUGCCAACGUCGCCGGGACGAAACCGAUGCGCCCUCGAAGGGCCUCCAUUCCGCUCCAAGCUAAUCGGCGAGGCUAAGGAUCUCGUCCGUUGGUGAUUUCAUCAGCGUCUCGGAACGAUUAGAAAUCUGUGACUCUAUGCCUACCACCAAAACAGGUCCCCCAGGCAGAAGCAAACGGAGACGAACCGAUCGAAAUGACGUAAACUUGUGCGCCCGACUGGAUCGAUGGAACUGAUUGGACCAAAAAACAUCAUCAACAACAAUAACAAUAAUACUUACGAUAUCCAGCAGUAACUUUUUGCUGUCCCCCUUUUGAAGAUCCCCUCUUAGCAACGCACAGCCUCUCCCUUUUUGGACUGAGUCACAUACACACGGACACAUACGGGAUUCUAAAAAGAGCACAAACGCACAAACAAGCCCUGUAGAAACGAGAAAAAUCGAAGAAUCGACGAACCCUAAAAAACAACACGAUCACAUUUAUGAAACAGUUCAAAGACCAGAAGAUCAAAUUAAUCAGAAUGCUGACCCGGAGGAACUGGCUGCUGCGGUGCAGCAUCCUGAUCAAUGUGGCAGUGCUGCUGUACCUCUGCAGCCACUUGCUGAUCGGUGGGGGUAACUUUGCCCUCGGGCCGGCCUACAUCAUCUCGGACGAGUCGAUGCUGAAACCCGCGGCGCAGUACCGGACCCACAUACCGGCCCACCUGGCCCAACAACUGCGGCAGGACGAGCGGGAAGUGCUGCUGAUACAGCAACAGCAAACGCAAUCACAACAGCAGCAGCAGCAACAUAGUAGUGUAGUAUUAAAAAUUCAGGAAAAUGGGAUCAGCGUCCAGGAGGUGCCCCAGCAACAACAGGGAUCCCAGCCGAACCAGCAACAGGACCAGCUGCUGUUGGAAGCGGCCGGACGCGAUGUAGAUAACACUAAUAAUAACGUUAAUGUAGAUGAUAGUCGAUUCGAUGUGCCAACAGAAACAAGCCAGAGCAACAACGGUGGCCCGGGCAGUAACAGGGCUGCCGGUGCCGAAAUCCUCUACCAGGAUGGCGGUGCCCCGAAUGGCGCUGGAGCGGGUCUCCUCAACGCUAGUGAUAUUUUCUCGACCACGGCGUCGAUUGAUCUCGACAUGAAGCUAAGGUCACUGCUUAACUGUCACGAUCGUGACUACGAACCGUACAUCGGCCAGCGGGGUGACUUCUGGGUAAUGAAGAACUACAUCCGCGCCGAGCACGGUGAGCUGCGUUGCCAUGAAACCAUCACGUAUACCACACACGCGGACUAUACGUUCCUCGAUAAUCUGAUACCACUGCUGGAGAGGUGGAACGCACCGGUCAGCUUAGCGAUGCACGCCCCGGGUACGGACUUUGUGCCCACCGUUAACGCCGUCAAAUAUCUCCGAGACUGCCUACCAGAGAGUCAUUUAGUUCGUCAGUUUGUCACAUUUCAUAUUUAUUUUAGUAGUAAACAUAUUCCUAAAAACGUUCCUAAGUACGACAAAGUAUUAGAACCGCCCUACAACUGUUCGCUGCCGGCGCCGUACUUCAACGUGUCGAGCUCGCAGCUCUACAAGACGCAGAAGAAGCUGCUCUACCCGGUCAACGUGGGCCGGAACAUUGCCCGGGACGCGGCGAUGACCCACUUUAUACUAGCUAGCGAUAUCGAAUUGUACCCGAACCCGGGCCUAGUGCAUAAGUUCUUAGAGAUGAUAGUUAGAAACGAGCCGGUGCUGCAGCGGAAGAAUCCCAGGGUAUUCCCACUGUCGAUAUUCGAGGUGGACAGCAGUUCGCCGGUGCCGCGGGAUAAAACCGAACUGCAGGAGUUGCUUCGGACGGGCAAGGCCAUCCCGUUCCACAAGCGAGUCUGCUCCAGCUGCCAUGGAGUUCCCAAAUCGAAGGAGUGGAUCGCUGCCAACGAAACAGAUGAUUUGGGAGUGUUCCACAUAGGAAAACGGGUGGGCUAUUUCGUUCACUGGGAGCCCAUCUACAUUGGAACGCACGCCGAUCCCCACUAUGACGAGCGGUUAAGUUGGGAAGGCAAAAGUGAUAAAAUGACGCAGGGAUAUGCGCUAUGUGUGCUGGACUACGACUUCCACAUACUGGACAAUGCGUUCCUGGUGCACAAGCCGGGCAUCAAGGUGCUGAAGAAGGACCCGAAGCGGGCGAUGCUCGCCGCGAAAACCAACCAGCUGAUCAAGAAGAUCAUCUACCCGGAACUGCAGGUCAUGUACGGUUCGCGGAAAGGCUGUGCUGUAUAGUUGAAGGGGAAACAAACGGUUCAAUAGUAUAAGGAUAGUCCCGGCACUGGUGGAGGAGGCGUCGGCGAGGGGAGCUGGAGCCGGAACAGCCGCGAGCUCGCCACGCCAAACAACGGUAAUAGUGGUGGCGGUUUCAGUCUGGGUGGGAUGUCUGUUGCUUCGUCGUCCCUGUUGACCUCGUCUAUGGCCACAGCUGGGGCAGGAUUUCUGCUGUCGCUUCAGGACCGACCCCACGUCGGUAGCCGCCGGAAGAAGGGCAAACGGAAGGGAUUCGUCAGACGGAAGUAACGGCACAAUGAGACAAGCGUGAUUGCGAUGCGGAUUUUGUACAUUUUUGGGAAUGGAAUGUGUAUACUGAAUGCAAUAAUAGUCGUGUUAAGGAGCAAUCAGGUGUGGAAGGAGCGUGAGUUUUAGAUGCGUAAGCAGAAAAGUGAUACUGUCUUAAUAUACUCCUAGGGUUAGGGCAGCCGGAAGGCAAACAGCAGACGCAAACUAUAGGCAUAUUUUCUAUAGUUGGGAAGCCGUAGUAAUGUUUCAUUGUGGUAAAUUUUGUAAUUUUACUGUCAGAAACACUAACCAAAACGAUCAAAGCUAGUAGGAAGUUCAAUCGUGUAGCAAACAAAGCAGAUCAUAGAAGAUAACCUGAGCAACGUUGGAUAUUUUUUAAUCAUUUUUACACCGAUAGAAACAAAUAAUUCAAUUGCAUACAAUGAAAAGAAAAUAAUAACACAAGUACUGUAACCAAAACGUAACAUUCUGUAGACGAAGAUGCUAAAAAAGAGAAGUCACCGGGAAACAAGAACAAAAUCUUAGAAUCACCGAAGAAAUAGUGACAAACCAAUUACCACACCAUUAACUCACAUAAAACGCAACACGUUACCCAAUGUAAUGGUAAUAGAAUUUUUGGCUGUUCACCGUGAGUAGAAAAUUGUAGCUUUCGCGGGUUUUGGAGUUUUGAAGGGGGAAGACGACGCUAAAUGCUACAAGACGGUCCGAUUGUGUUAGCUAAAACAUUCAAGUCUAAUUCGUAAGCAAUCGUUUGCGAUUAUGGCGAUCAGUGAGAAAUGUAACUUGAAGGUAACAAAGGCUACCAGCAAGUUACAAAAGGUUAUCAGCAAGUUAUAUUUUCUUCCUUUCUCAAUGCUACUGAUUACCAUCGUCGAGCUUGUACUCGGGAAUGAAAAAUGCAAUUUGACGAUAAAUUUAGCUGCACGAAAGAAUUUUUUAACAGAUUCUAUCAAUUUCAUUUCUUUCUUCGCAUUCCCUCAACUAUUCAACUUCCGAAGGAUUAUUAGUUACAUUGCGAUUGAAGAUCUACGUAACUUGUUUUUGCUAUAAGGAAUAUCAUUCGACAGUGUUAUUGGAAGAAAAAGAGAAUCGAAAACUGUCGAUUACCUUACAACACAAGCAACUUACCGGUUACCAUCGAUCUUAUCGUCAUAUUAUAACAUCGAUCGAAGAAUUUCUAAUCAUUUGCACAAGUUUGAUUGUGGAAAGCUGAGUGAAAGUGGUUAUCGAGAAGUUGUGAAACACGAGUGCAUUUUGCUUCGUCUUCCUCCGAACA